AUGAAGCGGGUGAUGGAGGAGGAGCGGUGCACGGCGGCGCGGACCGACCGGACGUUCCGACCGAUGCGGCGGAAGGAGGCCCUCGACUCUAAGAUGAAGAGGGCGAUGGAGGACGAGCGGUUCGCGGCGGCACGAGCGGACCCGAGGUUCCAACCGAUGCGGCGGAAGGAGGCCAAGGUGGCCCUCGACUCGAGGUUCAUGGCCCCCAUGCUCACGGACCCCAUGUUCGAUUCUUCAGCGGCGCCGGUGGACAAGCGCGGCAGACGCCGCAAGAAGAGCGCCAGGGACAGGGAGAACCCCAUGCUGCAUUACUAUCUCAGCCAAGAGGAGGGGGACGAGGAAAAGACAGAACAAGAGAAGCUGAUUUGUCAAGAGGAGGAUCAUGAGGUGGAAGAAGAGGAUGGGCUAGAGGAAGAAGAGAGUUCCGGCAGCGAUGAUGAGGAGGACGGCAAUGACCAGGUUCCAAAUCCUGUCAUCUUCAUUCCUCUAAAAACAAUCGGAUCUUACAUGUGGAUACAGCAGAUUAUGCAGGCUCACCGCUCAAGUUAUGAUUAUUUUUCAACUUGUGGUGUAUGUUUGUGA